UAAAAUCUUUGGGAUAAUGGAAGAAAAUUUAAAAAAAAAUCGUAGUGGGCGAAUGAGCAAAACUCAAAAAGAAUAUUUGAUUUGGUACUUAGAGGGGCACCGGGCAAUGUUGGAUGCCAAAGUGUCCCCACAGCAAAUUGAACCAAUAAAAAACUUGUGGCGAGACCUAGGGGAAAAGCUGAAUAAUUUAUCAGGCGCAAAAAAAAAUAUCAGACAAUGGAAAGAUACUUUAAAUGAAAUGAAAGUUAAUGCAAGAAAAAAGGCAAGAUUACUACAUAUUGAACAUAAAGGGACAGGAGGUGGCCCGAAGAAAGAAAAAGACCUAACAGAUCUAGAGCAGAGAUUGCUUGGUUUACUAUCUAAUGUUGUCAUAACAGGACUUCCCACAGUUAAGGAAUUCGGUGUAGAUGUAGAAACUCAAAAUAUGCCUGAACCUGAUGCUCCUGAUCAAAUGGAAGAUGUUGAAAAUAUUGAAAUUAUUUUAGACGAUUAUGAAGUAAUCCCACCUACGUCUUUUGGUGAUACACAUUCCAUUUUGAGUGCUGAUUUUUCACCUUCCACUUCAACUGCUAAUUAUCUACCUUCCACUUCGACUGCUGAUUAUCCACCUUCUAUUUCUACAGCUUAUAACCCUCCUCCCAUUUCUACAAUAUUACAUCCAAAAAAUAUUCAAUCUAAAACAGGAGCAAGACUGUACUAUCCCAAAAAAAAAAGGCUCGAAAAAAAUAUAAACAAUAUCGCCAUCAACCAUGAGCAGUGUCUAAAUAAUCUGGCAGCUUCCAAUAACAGAUUAGCAGAUACUAUGUUACGUGUGAGCAAGAAAAAGAACAGAGGACCAGUAUUUUCAUUAACAUUUUAAAUACAUCAUUUUUUAUUUAGAAGGAUCUGCAUUUUUUGUUUUUAGAAUCUGUAUUAUUUUUGUUUGUUUGUUUGUAAGUUAUUAGUGACCUAAAAUAUUUAUUUUGUUUUUACGUUGUUUUUGUUGCCUAUUUGAAUACAUUUUUAUUCUAUAAAUUUUGUGUAUUUCUAAUGCUGUACUAUUUUUUAAAUGUCAUGUUUUUUUU